AUGCCUUUGGGGUCGCUGGACGCCGCCACAUAUCUGAAGAACGGACAGGAUGCCCAGAGGCUGAACGCAGAGUUUGCUAGUUUAAACGCAAACGAUACAUGCCUAUCUGGUCAGCGAGCGUGCAUUUCUGGGUCUUAUGCUCAAUGCGUGCGCGGCCUUUGGAAGACAGAAAACUGCACAGCUUCUGAGCAAUGUUACGCGUUGCCCGCGACAGUUAGGAACGGCACCUUCCUAUCAUGCACGACUGAAGCCGUCGCUGAAUCCAUCAUAAACGCCACCGGUGCUGCAGGCGGAAUUGCGGUUAAUGGAAGCAGUACCACGUCGAACGCAACCUCUCCGAAACAGCCGUCUUCACCUUUCUCCAUACAAGCCAUGACCACGAACACCGCGACACUCACGCAGGCAUCUACCGGCGUUGUACCGUUGGUGUCAAGUUCGGGCUCCAUCAUUACCCUUGCCCCACAGACCACGAUAGUGACAACCAGGACGCUGGAUCCCGCUGAGGCUUCCAGUCUUCUUGCCAGUUUGACUGCAGAUGGCUUGUUAUCUUCCACCACUCCCAUCAAUUCGUUAGUCCCUGUCAUAUUGUCCUCUUUGCCUGUCAUUACCCCCGAGCCAACCACAACUUUGAACAUUGAGGUAGUGAAUCACUUCAGCGGGACGUCGGCUGUGACAUUCACGACCAUGUGCUGA